AUGGCGGCGUCGCGUCGCUCUCAGCAUCAUCACCACCAUCAUCAACAGCAGCUCCAGCCCGCCCCGGGGGCUUCGGCGCCGCCGCCGCCACCUCCCCCGCCACUCAGCCCGGGCCUGGCCCCGGGGACUACCCCAGCCUCUCCCACGGCGGGCGGCCUGGCCCCCUUCGCCUCCCCGAGGCACGGCCUAGCGCUGCCCGAGGGGGAUGGCAGUCGGGAUCCGCCCGACAGGCCCCGAUCCCCGGACCCGGUGGACGGCACCGGCUGUGGCAACACCACCGGCACAAUCUGUCCCGUCGCCACCGCUCCCGUGGUACCCGUGGUUUCCGCCGCAUCUGCCGUCGGAGUCCCUCCCAACCCAGCCGGCGGGGGCAGUCAUAAUAAUUCACCGUCGUCCUCGUCUUCCCCAACUUCGUCCUCCUCUUCCUCUCCGUCCUCCCCCGGAUCGAGCUUGGCGGAGAGCCCCGAGGCGGCGGGACUGAGCGCCGCCGCGGCCGCCGCGGGGCCCGGGGCGGCGGGGCCGGGGCCGGGGGUCCCCGCCGUGAGCGGGGCGCUGCGGGAGCUGCUGGAGGCCUGCCGCAAUGGGGACGUGUCCCGGGUGAAGAGGCUGGUGGACGCGGCCAACGUGAACGCCAAGGACAUGGCCGGCCGGAAAUCUUCCCCCCUGCACUUCGCUGCAGGUUUUGGAAGGAAGGAUGUCGUAGAACAUUUGCUGCAGAUGGGUGCUAAUGUCCAUGCUCGUGAUGAUGGAGGUCUCAUCCCACUUCAUAAUGCCUGUUCUUUUGGCCAUGCUGAGGUUGUGAGUCUGUUACUGUGCCAAGGAGCCGAUCCAAACGCCAGGGAUAACUGGAACUAUACCCCUCUGCAUGAAGCUGCUAUUAAAGGGAAAAUCGAUGUAUGCAUUGUGCUGCUGCAGCACGGAGCAGAUCCAAACAUUCGGAACACUGAUGGGAAAUCAGCCCUGGACCUGGCAGAUCCUUCAGCAAAAGCUGUUCUUACAGGUGAAUACAAGAAAGACGAACUCCUAGAAGCUGCUAGGAGUGGUAAUGAAGAAAAACUAAUGGCCUUACUGACUCCUCUCAAUGUGAAUUGCCAUGCAAGUGAUGGACGAAAGUCUACGCCUUUACAUCUUGCCGCGGGCUACAACAGAGUUCGGAUAGUUCAGCUGCUGCUUCAGCAUGGUGCUGAUGUUCAUGCAAAAGACAAAGGUGGACUUGUGCCUCUUCAUAAUGCAUGUUCAUAUGGACAUUAUGAAGUCACAGAACUGCUACUAAAGCAUGGAGCCUGUGUUAAUGCUAUGGAUCUCUGGCAAUUUACUCCUCUGCAUGAGGCUGCUUCCAAGAAUCGUGUAGAAGUCUGCUCUCUGUUGCUUAGCCAUGGCGCUGAUCCUACAUUGGUCAAUUGCCAUGGGAAAAGUGCUGUGGAUAUGGCUCCAACUCCUGAGCUCCGGGAGAGAUUGACUUAUGAAUUUAAAGGUCAUUCUUUAUUACAAGCAGCAAGAGAAGCAGACCUAGCCAAAGUUAAGAAAACACUUGCCUUGGAAAUCAUUAAUUUCAAACAACCACAGUCUCAUGAAACUGCACUGCACUGUGCUGUGGCCUCUCUGCAUCCCAAACGAAAGCAAGUGACAGAAUUGUUACUUAGAAAAGGAGCAAAUGUUAAUGAAAAAAAUAAAGAUUUCAUGACUCCCCUGCAUGUCGCGGCAGAAAGAGCUCACAACGAUGUCAUGGAGGUUCUGCAUAAGCACGGAGCAAAGAUGAAUGCGCUGGACACUCUUGGUCAGACUGCUUUGCAUAGAGCUGCCCUCGCAGGUCACCUGCAGACCUGCCGCCUCCUGCUGAGUUAUGGCUCUGACCCCUCCAUCAUCUCCUUACAAGGCUUUACUGCAGCGCAGAUGGGAAACGAGGCAGUGCAGCAGAUCCUGAGUGAAAGUACACCUAUGCGUACUUCUGAUGUUGACUAUCGACUCUUAGAGGCAUCUAAAGCUGGAGACUUGGAAACUGUGAAGCAACUCUGCAGCCCUCAAAAUGUGAAUUGCCGAGAUUUAGAGGGCCGGCAUUCUACGCCCUUACACUUUGCGGCAGGCUAUAAUCGUGUGUCUGUUGUGGAGUACCUUCUACACCACGGUGCCGACGUCCAUGCCAAAGACAAAGGUGGUCUGGUGCCCCUUCAUAAUGCUUGUUCAUAUGGACACUAUGAAGUAGCUGAGCUUUUAGUAAGGCAUGGGGCUUCUGUCAAUGUGGCGGAUUUAUGGAAAUUUACCCCUCUACAUGAAGCAGCAGCUAAAGGAAAAUAUGAAAUCUGCAAGCUCCUUUUAAAACAUGGAGCAGAUCCAACUAAGAAGAACAGAGAUGGAAACACACCUUUAGAUUUGGUUAAAGAAGGAGACACAGAUAUUCAGGACUUACUGAGAGGAGAUGCUGCCUUGCUGGAUGCUGCCAAGAAGGGCUGCCUGGCAAGAGUGCAAAAACUCUGCACCCCAGAGAACAUCAACUGCAGAGACACCCAGGGGAGAAACUCAACCCCUCUGCACCUGGCAGCCGGCUACAAUAACCUGGAAGUAGCGGAAUAUCUUCUAGAGCAUGGAGCAGAUGUUAAUGCCCAAGACAAAGGUGGCUUAAUUCCUCUUCAUAAUGCAGCGUCCUAUGGGCAUGUGGACAUAGCAGCAUUAUUGAUAAAAUACAACACAUGUGUAAAUGCAACAGAUAAGUGGGCUUUUACUCCUCUUCAUGAAGCAGCCCAAAAAGGAAGGACCCAGUUAUGUGCCCUCCUCCUAGCGCAUGGAGCAGAUCCAACUAUGAAGAACCAAGAAGGUCAGACACCCUUAGAUCUGGCAACAGCUGAUGAUAUCAGAGCUUUGCUGAUAGAUGCCAUGCCCCCAGAGGCCUUACCUACCUGUUUUAAACCUCAGGCUACCGUAGUGAGUGCCUCUCUCAUCUCACCAGCAUCCACGCCCUCCUGCCUGUCUGCUGCCAGCAGCAUAGAUAACCUCACUGUCCCUUUAGCGGAAUUGGCAGUAGGAGGGGCGUCCAACGCAGGGGAUGGCGCAGCGGGCACAGAAAGGAAGGAAGGAGAAGUUGCGGGUCUUGACAUGAAUAUCAGCCAGUUUCUAAAAAGCCUUGGCCUUGAACACCUUCGGGACAUCUUUGAAACAGAACAGAUUACCUUAGAUGUAUUGGCUGAUAUGGGUCAUGAAGAGUUGAAAGAAAUAGGUAUCAAUGCAUAUGGACACCGCCAUAAACUAAUCAAAGGAGUAGAAAGACUCUUAGGUGGACAACAAGGCACCAACCCUUAUUUGACUUUUCACUGUGUUAAUCAGGGAACUAUUUUGCUGGAUCUUGCUCCAGAGGAUAAGGAAUAUCAGUCAGUAGAAGAAGAGAUGCAGAGUACAAUUCGAGAACACAGAGAUGGUGGUAAUGCCGGCGGCAUCUUCAAUAGAUACAAUGUCAUUCGAAUUCAAAAAGUUGUCAACAAGAAAUUGAGGGAACGAUUCUGUCACAGACAAAAGGAAGUGUCUGAAGAGAAUCACAACCAUCACAAUGAGCGCAUGUUAUUUCAUGGUUCUCCUUUCAUUAAUGCCAUUAUUCAUAAAGGGUUUGAUGAGCGACAUGCAUACAUAGGAGGAAUGUUUGGAGCUGGGAUUUAUUUUGCUGAAAACUCCUCUAAAAGCAACCAGUAUGUUUAUGGGAUUGGAGGAGGAACAGGCUGCCCCACGCACAAAGAUCGGUCAUGUUAUAUAUGUCACAGACAAAUGCUUUUCUGUCGAGUGACCCUUGGAAAAUCCUUUCUGCAAUUCAGCACCAUGAAAAUGGCUCAUGCCCCUCCAGGACAUCACUCAGUCAUUGGGAGACCAAGUGUGAAUGGGCUGGCAUACGCCGAAUACGUCAUCUACAGAGGAGAACAGGCAUACCCAGAGUAUCUCAUCACGUACCAGAUCAUGAAGCCGGAAGCUCCUUCACAGACUACAACCGCCGCGGAGCAGAAGACCUAG